UUUCGCUUUGCUUCGCGAGCAGUCCAGGCGGUCCAGGCAGUCCGGGCAGAGGAGCGGUGUACUCGGCGUUUCUCCUCAUCACUGGCCGCUCUCAAUAUCGGAACCAACACGGCUCCAGUGCCCGUCAGAUCGCUGCACUAAAACUGCUCUCCUGUAGUACACCUUCCACGUAGAGAAGAGGCAGACCAUGGUGUGUCAAGGAAAUGUCGUCAUCUGCCUCGUGGCUGCACUGCUGGUCGUCAUCACGGUCUUGCAGGCGGCAGAAGUACCGAAAUCUGCAUUCGGUGAAGCAUUCGACGAAAUUGUGGUGGAGUCGACGUUAACAGUUAAGGGAAAAGGAGGAUCAAGUCGACAGAGUAGAAACAAAGCUCUGACGCUAAAGAGCACAUCUACAAGUACUUCCACUACUUCGACAACAGAAAGCAGCACCAACGAAGAGCCGAAGCGCUCGAAGCGGGAGAGUUCUGAAUUCCAUGGUCCAAGAGUCUCGAACACGAACUUCGCACGCUCUUCAGGUCGGCCAUUUCAGGUUGUAGACCUGUUUGGUAGAGAUCUUACAUCUAAAGGAGGGUUGCUGGGAGAAGGGAGAUCUUGAAGAGGUCUCAAGACCGGCUCAUUGCAUUCUGAGCGACUCGUAAGAAAGAUCUGAAGCUACAGUAUAACACAAUGUCUCAUGUAGGACUAAUAUUAAAAUAAAAGAAAAAUCCAUAUCUGCUA